AUGUUGUUAAAGCUGACAAAGUAUGAUCUUGAAGUUCGUUAUGUACCAGGAAAGAAACAAUUCAUCUCAGAUUGCUUGAGUAGAGCCCCUAUUAGUGACACUGAACCAGUUAGUGAACCAGAAGAGAUGAUUGGAAUCAACUUGAUCGACACUCUUGGUGUAGAUAGUGGCACCUUGCAGAAAUUCAGAGAAGCUUCAAACUGUGAUGUUACCUCUCAGGUUGUCAUGGAGUAUGUUGUUAAAGGUUGGCCAGCAGAAAAGCAUCAACUAGAUGAGCUAGCAAGAGAAUACUGGAGUUUCCGRGAAGAACUUAGCGUGGAAGAUGGUUUACUUUUUAAAGCAGACCGAAUUGUUGUUCCGAGAUCUUUGAGGCCCGAGGUGUUAGAAGAAAUUCAUGGUGCACACAUGGGUGARAACAAAAGUCUCAGUUUUGCAAGAGAGUAUGUUUUCUGGCCUUCAAUGACUGCACAGAUAAAAGACAAGCAAGUGGUCAGCACUGAUAUCUUCGAAUAUGGUGGUCAUUCCUAUCUACUGGUGACAGAUUUCUAUUCAAAGUACUUUGAGAUAGAGCUGUUGAGCCAAACGACUGCCAGUUGCGUGAUCAAUAAUUUAAAGAAGAUCUUUGCCAGGUUUGGCAUCCCAGCAGAAGUGUUGAGUGACAAUGGUUCGCAGUUUAGCAAUACGAGAAACCUCUUUAACAAUUCUCAUGAAUUUAAAAGAUUUGCCGACGAAUGGGGAUUCCGUCACAUCACAAGCUCUCCAGAGUAUCCACAAUCCAAUGGAGCCGCCGAGAAGGCUGUACAGACAGCAAAAAGGAUUUUAAAGAAAGCGGCUGCUGACCAUAAAGAUCCUUUUGAAGGAUUGCUCAAAUACAGGAACACACCCUUUGAUGACCUGGGUGUUUCACCAGCUCAGCUGCUAAUGAGUAGAAGAACUCGCACCCAACUGCCGACUCACCGACGUUUGCUACUGCCCCAGCCUGUGGACCCAAAUCAGGUAGUAAAAACAUUGAAACACCGUCAGAGCGUUUCAAGAGGUUAUUACGAUGGUCAUAGUCGUGACCUCCCUCCACUACAAGUUGGGGACAAGGUGCGAAUCCGUCCUAAUCGAGAGACUGAGUGGAGGAAAGCUGAAGUGUUGCCCCGGUCYUACUUAGUAGGAGAUGAACGUGGGCGAGUCUACAGAAGAAACCGACGUCAAAUCAUUGCAACACCUAAGGAUCAACCGAUGAGCCCAACUCCUUUAGUUACACCGGCUAUUCCGCAACCUCCACAAGUAAGGAUCAAGAGCUCCACACCAUUAGACAGACCUACGACAGAAUCACCAAAGCUUUCAGUGGUACCUGAUGGCGGGCAGCAGGCACCCAUGACCACUGCGUCUGGAAGAGUCAUCAAGAAACCUCAAAGACUUAUUGAAAACAUUUAA